AUGAAAAAAAUACCAAGAAUUGUACCUUGGACAUCCCCCGAAGAAUUUCAACAAGUUCAUAGUUGGCUCUAUGCAGAAUCUCCGAAUUUGCGUGAAUUAGGAGUUAAAAGGGUAAAGGCUUGGUCCAGUCGUGGAAGAGUUCCUCAUGCGAUUUUAAGCACAGCGGCGUUUGUUGAAGCAUCGUUAAGAGAUGAUUUUGGAUACGGGAAAAUUACAACUCAUGAACUAAGAUUAUUAUACUCAAUGGUGUUUGUUAGGUUUGUAAAUGGAAUAGUGGAUCCAGCUCAACAAGGAGUUUUUGCUUCAUCGAUAUCCUCUAUCGCAACUAAAUUACAUAUGCCAUUGUGGUUUGUAGAAUUGCGUCAUGCGGGAACUCACGAGCGUCUUCCAAGUCUGCAAAUAUUACGAAAUGGAUGUAAACAUGCGUUACAAUGGUUAAACGAAAACUUUUGGUCAUCUCAAAUGCCAUGGAAAUCAACACAAGUUGACGGAAUGCGUUCUAUGGUAUUUCAAUACAAAGAACUUCGGAAAGAAAAUAUGAAUAAUUAUGAAACAAAUGAACGCGAUCCAUCCACGAAGGUUGUGAAAAACAUAAUGGAUUUAAUUAGUGAAGAAUACAUUAGAGAAUUACUUAUUUCUGUUUUAUUGGAACCUGGAGUUUUGGUUCCUAUGGCAAAAAAAAAACGUGUAUUGGCUCGGGAUUUAAGUUUAUCUCAAGAAUCAAUUCAAAUAUGGAUGCCAAUGUUGAAUGCAUUUGGAGAAAAAUGGAGUACUUUUGGAGAUGAGCUAAUAUUUGGAAUGUUGGAAGUUUUGACUAGGGAUAAGGAUGACUUAAAACUAGACAUGAGCAUUCCUCAAUCUAAAUCCGCACAUACAAGUUCCAGCUAUCGUAUGACUUUGGUUGCAUGGAUCAAACAUAUUUUGAAUAUUUAUUAUAUUGAAAAUACAUCAUUAUUUACUUCUAUAGAAGUGAAUGAUAUAUUGGAAUUUUGUUUAAGUAAACCAAAUGCGUAUACUCAAUUGAUAUUAGAAAUUAUGGCGGAACGUGAUGAAGAAUUAAAUAAAAGUAUUACUCCGUUCCUGAAUUAUAUUAAGAAAUUGCUUCAUGAUAAUGAUAUUAUCCAAAAUGUUGAGGAUAUACCCAAAAUUACUGAAGAAGAUAUGAAUGCUGAAAUAUUCAAGUUACGACAUGAGCUGGAUAAGGCUAAUAAAUUAAUGAAGAAUGUAUCUUCAGAAGAAGUAAUAUUAGAAAGUAAUGAUGAUACAAUGCCUUCAAAUAAGGAAAUAGCAUGGAAGAUGCAUGAUCUUAAUGAAUGGAAACCUUGUGCUUUAGGUUGUUUGCCUAAUGGUCAAGUUCCUUGUUUAGAUUUACCGUUGGAAUUGGAUGGUCCUAUCACUGUUAAUCUUGAUCCUAUAGAUGAUAUAAAUCUGAUGGAUACAGAUAAUUAA